UACGAACAGUCUCGUUGACAAAAAUCCAUCUAUAUAUGUCGGGCUCCUAAAUAGAAAGAAAGAGAUAUCCCUCUGGCUGAAACACAACUGGCUCACCUACUCUCCUCUCUUGUUAGCAUACUAAGCUCAUCAUCCGUCUCUGUGAUUUCUCAUCCUCUGGAUUGUUAUCAAUGGAGACACAGGUAAGCACACUAGGGAGGUCGCUCCUCGUGCCGUGUGUUCAGGAAAUGCUGAAGGAGAACCCGACCAAAGUCCCGAAGAGAUACAUCCGCGACGAUCAAGAAUCUCCCGUGAUCACCGACGCUUGUUCCGGCUUGCCUCAAGUCCCCGUGAUCGACUUGGGGAGGUUGGUUUCGGAGGACGGUGCAGAGCCGGAGCUCGAGAAGCUGCACCAUGCGUGCAAAGACUGGGGCUUCUUUCAGCUGAUAAAUCAUGAAGUGAGCCCUAAGUUGCUAGAGAAAGUGAAGAAGGGGAUCGAAGAGCUGUUCAACAUGCCAAUGGAAGAGAAGAAGAAGUUUUGGCAGAGAGACGGCGAAUUGGAGGGCUUCGGACAGACCUUUGUGUUAUCGGAAGACCAAAAGCUUGAUUGGGCUGACCUGUUCUACGUCAACACCCUCCCUGCUUCUCUCAGGAAGCCUCACUUGUUCCCCAAACUCCCUCUUCCCUUCAGAGACGAUUUGGACACCUACUCAAAGGAAAUGCGAACCCUAGCCAUAAAGCUCCUCUACCUCAUGGUGAAGGCUUUAGGAAUGGAGGCAAAAGACCUUGAGGGGAUGUUUGAAGACGGGUUGCAAGGGAUGAGGAUGAACUAUUACCCACCAUGUCCACAACCUGAGCUCGUGAUAGGCCUAAGCUCUCACUCCGAUGCUGCCGCCAUCACCAUUCUCCUCCAGGUCAACGAAAUGGAGGGCCUCCAGAUAAGGAAAGAUGGGAAGUGGGUUCCUGUGAAACCUCUCCCUGGUGCUUUCAUCAUCAAUGUAGGAGACACUGUUGAGAUUAUCACGAAUGGGAUAUACCAGAGCAUCGAGCAUCGAGCAACAGUGAAUGCAGUGAAGGAGAGGGUAUCAAUUGCAACGUUCUUCCGUCCGCGAAACGAUCUGGACACCUACUCGAAGGAAAUGCAAACUCUAGCGAUAAAGCUCCUCUACCUCAUGGCGAAGGCAUUAGGAAUGGAGGCGAAGGACCUUGAGGGGAUGUUUGAAGGCGGGUUGCAAGGGAUGAGGAUGAACUAUUACCCACCAUGUCCACAACCCGAGCUUGUAAUAGGCCUCAACUCUCACUCCGAUGCUGAUGCGAUUACCAUUCUCCUCCAGGUCAAUGAAAUGGAGGGCCUCCAGAUAAGGAAAGAUGGGAAGUGGGUUCCUGUGAAACCUCUCCCUGGUGCUUUCAUCAUCAAUGUUGGAGACGUCGUUGAGAUUAUAACAAAUGGGAUUUACCAGAGCAUCGAGCAUCGGGCAACGGUGAAUGCAGUGAAGGAAAGGGUCUCCAUCGCAACCUUCUCCAGUCCAAGAAUGGAUGCUGAGAUAGGUCCCGCGCCGAGCCUCAUCACCCCGGAGACCCCAGCAUUGUUCAGGAGGAUAUCGGCGGCAGAACAUCUGAGGGGCUAUCUAACGAGCAAGCUGCAGGGCAAAGCUUAUCUCGACGCCAUGAGGGUUCGGCACAAGGAAGCCUAGCCGAAUUGAAUCUACUGAGCAUGAAUGUUAAAAUGGUGAAUGGUCAUGAAACCUGAUUAUAUAACAUGGGUUUUGGAUCUUAGGGAGGCCCUUUCUGGGGAAGGCAAUAAUGAGUUCAAAAAUAUUUUGUCGUUGUCAUCUCUUGCCCGUCUGAACUAUCAAACAGCCUUGUAAAAUCCAUGGCAUUGACUUUCUGUUA